AUGGAUUUCGAACAGGUUCUGACUGAGAUCGGCGGUUUCGGCAGAUAUCAGAAGAUUUUGUACGUGUGGAUAUGUCUUCCACAGAUUUUAAUUGCUUUUCACAUGAUGGCGAGCGUCUUCACGGGCGCCACACCUCCGCAUCGUUGUCGAAGCUCGGCUGAUGAUCACUGGUACUUUAAUAACGGUUCGAGUUUAAUAACAGGAACAUUGAACUACAGCAACAAGGACUCAUGCGGCACCCACACCGUCCAGAAUGUUAGUGUGAACACGCACUGUCAACAUGGCUGGCUGUACAGUUCAGAAACCUUCUCCAACACCACUGUCACUGAGUGGGAUCUUGUCUGUGACAGAGCUAGUUUAAACAGCAUUGGUUCUUCCGUGUAUAUGCUGGGAUUACUUGUGGGAGCGAUUGUUUUUGGAGCCAUUGCUGACAGGUAUGGAAGGAGGUUUGCCCUGCUCAUGUCCCUUGCCUUUCAGACUGUGUUUGGAGUAGCUGCUGCAUUUUCUCCAAACUACCCACUGUAUGUGACUCUACGCUUCAUCAUAGGAACCACCAUCUCAGGUGCCAUCAUUAACGCAUUUGUUUUGGGUACAGAAUGGACCUCUACAAAUAAACGUAUGCUGGCUGGAAUUAUUACCGAUUACUUUUUUGGGUUUGGAUAUAUGCUGCUGGCUGGUGUGGCUUAUCUCAUUCGAGACUGGAGAAAAUUGCAGCUUGCCAUCUCAGCACCUGGUUUUCUCCUUAUUUUCUAUAUUUGGGUUCUUCCUAAUUCAGCUCGUUGGCUGUUGGUAAGCAACAGAAAAGAGGAAGCUCUUGUUCUCCUGCGUAAAGCAGCUAUGGUCAAUGGUCGUUCCUUCCCAACUACAAUACAGUUAGACAAGCAUGAGGCCACGCAACUGCAUCAAUACUCUGUUGUAGAUCUUGUGCGUACUCCCCAGAUGAGGAAACGAUCUCUUAUUCUCUGCUAUGUCUGGUUUGUUAAUGUGUUAGUGUACUAUGGUUUAUCUCUGGGUGUAUCGGACCUGGGCACAGACCUUUACAUGACACAGUUUUUGUUUGGAUUGGUGGAGGUCCCUGCCAGGACCCUGGCUUUGUUUGUCCUUCCUUGCAGCCGGCGGCUCCCACAAAGUGCGUUUCUCGCCAUAGGAGGCACCGCCUGCCUGCUUAUGCUCGCUGUACCAGCAGAUUAUCCUACUGUACAUACUUCUCUUGCUAUGAUUGGAAAAUUUGGAAUCACAGCUUCUUUUGUCAUCAUCUAUAUUUACUCAGCUGAGAUCUUUCCAACUGUGCUUAGGCAGACAGGAAUUGGAGUGUCAUCUGUGUUUGCACGAAUAGGUGGGGUUUUAGCUCCCCUAAUAAAUUUGCUUGGAAAAAGUCAUCCAGUUGUACCUGUGGUUAUAUUUGCCUCUGCACCUUUGCUGGGAGCAGUUCUCACAUUGGCUCUUCCAGAGACAGUCAACAAACCACUACCUGAUACCAUCCAUGAUGCAGAGAGGUUUACAGAUCCAAAACAUAAGAAAAGUUUCUCUGAGAAUUCUGUCCACUCUCCAAGCAGCACAGAAGUCCAGGAAUUACAAUGUCCUUCCAACAAUUUAUAAUAGACACACUUGAUUUCAUCUAUAAAUAAAAACACAACCCAGCAACCCCCAGUCUUUUUUCUUGUCAGUUUGCUGGUCUGAAUAACUCGCCCAUGGAUGAAGUGUCU